UGCCGCUCGCCCGCGCCAAGGUGUCCGCCGAGCGCCGGCCUGGGGCAGGGUUGUCUCCCGCACGGUGCGGUGCGGCCGCUGGGGCGCGGCGCGGUGAACUUGACGCCUUCGCUUUCCCCGCAGCCGCUGCGGCAGGAGCGCGAGGACGGCGAGCGGAGCGGACUGGCGCGGCGAGUGGGCGCAGAGGUCGCAAAAUGGAUUCGCGUGAACCGGAGACCCCAAAAACGGAAACGCAGGAAGCAAGAAGAGGUGUUUGAAAAGCUUUCUCCAGACCAGCUCAUCUUGCUUCUGGAGAGUCUCCUAGAGCAGAAGACCUUGAGCCCCCAGACUCUGCGAAGCCUCCAGUGGACGUACCACCUGCAGGAGCAGGAUGCAGAGGUUCGCCAUCGGUGGUGUGAGCUCAUUGUUAAGCACAAGCACGUAAAAGCAUACGCACACGUGGAGAGGUUCCUUCAGGAGGAUCAGGCCAUGGGUGUGUACCUGUACGGGGAGCUGAUGGUGAGCGAGGAUGCCCGGCAGCGGCAGCUUGCGCACAGGUGCUUUGCGCUGGUGAAGGAGCAGAUGGACAGAGCCUCCGCCCAGGUGGUAGCUGAAAUGCUAUUUUAAAGAGGACAGUUCACAGGGAGAUUCUCUUUCAUACGCCUCCUCCAAACCCUGCUGGGACCAGGACUGCACUGACCCGGACAUCAAAGGAAGGAUUGUGUGGCUGCUAAAGCCAUCAGCCCAUAGCAGUGCUCUUGCUCACUGGGUUGUUGACUGGGGCGCAUCUUGGCUUCUGGUUUCCAGAGGCUGGCUUCCCCUUGGAGUAUGAAAAAGCAGAGCCCCAUAAACAGUGUCGCACCUGUUAGCUGCCUGACUGCUUUUGUCUCCAAUCCUGGAGAUACUGAGUCUGCAUUGGAAUUGAACUAUGAUUUUAAGGCAUUCUUCCAUAGAAACAAUGAAGAUACCCACAGCAUGCUGUAAGCCUGGCUGCACGGGGUGCCUGUUAUUCCAGACACCCACCGCCAUGCACAGAGCAUCACAUGAAACGUCCUGUGACUGAUUCCCCAAGGAUUCUGCAGAGUACUUUUGAUAUGCUCAGUCUAUAGCAUUUUCCAGAAUUUAAAUUUUGGGGGUAGAAAUGCAGGAGAAGGUAUAUUAAUAAAAUGUAAGGGGUUUGAUUGUA